AAGAGUCAUCUGACUGCUCAUCUGUCUAAUACGCUUCGUGAAUGUUCCUGUGAGGCCGUAAUGAUUCUUAUCUUUGGUUUAUGCUAAAUACAAGAUGGAAUAAUUUAUAUGUGAAUUUAUUAUUCGCUUUCAGAUUGUUUUUGUUAUGAAGGGCCCAGGCUAACGCAAACAUUAGCUGGUCAUUCCAAUUGGCUACGUAGAUGUGGGUUAGCUCAAGUGUGCGUACCUCAGCAUGAACUGCUCCCUGCUUUGUUGUCGUACCAUCACGCAUUUUAUUCAGUGGGAGCUCCUGUUUUGCUGCACAUUGUUUCCACCAAGUGCUACGAAGUGAUAUAGUCAUUUCCUACAACACGAAGUACAGAGAUGGAGUCACAGAGUUCAAACCUGACCUGUGCCAUAUGUCUAGAGCGCUUUUGUAUUCCCGUUACCAUCCUCUGCGGGCACUCAUUCUGUCAAAAGUGCAUCACAGCCCAUUGGGACACAAAAAGCAAGUCUAAUAUUGGACCUUGCUGCCCCAUCUGCAAUGAGAAGAUUGACUCCAGACCCAAUUUUAAGUGUAACGUGGCCUUGUCACACCUGGCCCAAGCUCCAAACACCACCGGGCCGUCCUACAGAGAGUGCGGGAGUGAAGAAGCUGAAUCCAUGCUGUGUGAUCGCCAUAAAAAGCCUCUAAUUUACUACUGCACUAAAGAUAAAAUGUCAGUGUGCUGCGAGUGUGCCAUAUCUGAGUGUGCGAAGCAUGACAAGGUCCUGUUGGAGACAGAAAAGCAAAACCAAAAGCUGUUACUGCAACAGAAGAAGGAAGAGGUGGGGAAACUCAUUGAAGAAACAGAAGAAAGUAUUAACAUCCUGGCUGAAAAUAUCAACAAAGCUAAGGAGACAUUGCAGCAGACAUCCAGUCGGGUCACAGCCAGGUUCUCCACUUUGAUAAAAGUCCUGGUCGACCAGCAGAAAGCCACCGAGCACUUCAUCGAAGAGCAAAAAGAGGCGGCCAUCUCUGAGGCACAGGCACGGCUCGCUGAACUGGAGACAAGCGCUGAGACGCUGAGAGUGAGCCAGGCCCAGAUAGCAGCUCUACACAACCUUUCCGAUACCGACUUAAUUAAGGAAUCCAUGCUCAUAGAAGUUCCACACCUCAAGAAAACUUCCUCAGACAUAACGCCCAACCUGCAGGAUCGUUUAAAUGGCGUCACGGAAGUCCUUACUCGAGUCUCCAAGCUGGUUGUUGAGGACCUUGAUAGAGCUGUCUGCACCGCUGUGGGUCACGACAAAGAAGGUUCUCCUCAGGAGAAGAGGCCCAUUCUUGCUGUGGUUCCCAGACCAGCUGCUGCAUGCUACCCUGGUGGGAAGGAGGGCCUCAGUGAAUACAGAUGCUCGUUGACCUUUGACCCCCACACAGCCAACGGCAACCUGUUUUUGUCCCAAGAGAACCGAAGGGCGGAGCACUUGACUUCGGGGCUGCGUCCUGUCGUAGAGCACGAAGCCCGCUUUGAUCACACCUGGCAGGUGCUGUGCAUUCAGGGCUUCCAGCAUGGCCAGCACUACUGGGAGCUGGAGGUGUCCAAACCGUGGGCAUGCCUGGGGGUCACCUACAACACCAUCCCCAGGAAGGAGAAAGGCAAGAGGUGCAUGCUGGGUAUGAACGAGCUGUCCUGGAGCCUGCAGCUGGAUGAGGAACAGCUCAGCGCCUGGCACAACGGCCGCAAGGAAACCCUGGCCGGACACUCGCAGCAUAGCCGCAUUGGCAUGCUGCUGGACUACGAGGGAGGGACACUCACCUUCUAUGGAGACGGACACGUCAGAUUGCACGCCUUCCACUGUGCCUUCACCCAGGAGCUCUUCCCCGCCUGCUGGAUAGGGGAAGGCGUCAGCAUCACCUUGUGCUCCACAUGAGACCCUUAAGUGGCCACAAUUUUUUUUUGCAUUGUUUUGCUUUUCAGUUUGCUUUUUUCAAACUCCUUAAUCCAUCAAGGCAGGUGGAAGCUGGAGCCUAUUCAAACAAAAGGCAGACUCCACCCUGGACUGCCUGUCAGUUGCAAGGGAAGUGAGUGUGAAUUGAUCACGCUACAUGCUAGUCACCGAUGUGCACACCAGUGGCGAUUGCUCAGUGACUACAAGGGAAGUUGACUUCCCCUUUAAAUUUUAGAAAACGGUUGGUGAAAUAUGCAUUGUUAGACUUACACCUGCAUUAAAAGUGCACUAGAAUGUGCUUAAUUUCAUGCGCAUGCUGAGCAUUAGUCUUCUGUUGACUGAUUUUGCUCUCUUGACGUGAACUCGCUUCCCUUGCCAGCAGCAUGGAUGCUAUGGUAAAUCUCCAUUGAAGCUCUAGAUUCAGCUCACGGAAGCUCACAGUGAGAAAGUAAAACCCUGAUUGGAUAAACCGGUGAAAAACGUCACUUCCAGGGGAGCUGAUGUUAACUGGUGGUCCGUGGAGCGGGGCGGUCAGAGGAGUGAGCUGUUUCCGCUAUUUUCUCACUUUGUACAUACUACUUGUAAGUAAACUACAUAAUCCCAGCAUUUUUUAGUUUUGUUCAUUCGGUGGUUCAUUGAAUCAUAACACCGUUGUGGGAGGAGUACCUACCUUGCUAGUUAGCCCAUCCAUGAUGGCAGGAGACUGUGUUGCUAAAAUAAUAUUAAAUGCAGUGGUGUGCAGUCAGGGCCAGCAAGCCUCCUCUGCUGGCCUAACCCAUUACCAGACGUACUGAGAUACAUUUACAACUUAAAUUCCAAUAAUUGUUCCAUGUAUUUGUAUUAAAUUAUCCCCAAUAUUAUUAUCUACAUGUUUUUGUCCAAUCAGAUUUCAGUUUCAAUGUGUUGCUAUGUCAAUGUAAUCUGCCAAGGACCUUCAGAAUCAGAAGCUGUGGCCCUAUCAUACACACUAUCAGCAAUGGCUGCUUUGGGUGUUUUUUAGCCAAACAGACCUCAGAUUUGCCAGUGGCUGGCUGAGGAGGAGGAAAUGAUAUCUGGUGAGUAGAUGUAUUUAAAAGAUUUUUGUUUUCGUCAUGUUAGCAGAUGAAUAUUGAUUGUGAACUGCGCCUGUAGUGUAGACCUUUGCAGAUGACUAAACUCAUCAUCACCAAGCCUUUCUUUUUAUGCUUGCUGAGCGCCAUCUUGACAAUCACCUGGUAAAAGUUAGUUAUUGAUGCUCAAAAGUUACUUGCAGAAAUGAAAGUCAGGCAUAUCGGUGACAAUGUCUUGGAAAGUGAAGGGUUAAGUGGGUUUCGUGUCUCAGCAAUAAUAGUUCUGUGGCGACAGUAACUCCGCUUCAUAACACACCUCGUGCAUAUAAGAGAUCAGUAUGACAUGGUCGCUGUAUUUAGCGAGCAGGGAUGCAUAGACAGGCGGUGUUUCUUGCGUCGUGCAUUUUUUGGUAAUUAAACGCAAGGGGUCAAUAAAGGCGAAGUAGUAGUGGUAAAAGAGCCGCCGCGGGUGGACACUAGUGAGUUUAGAGCCUGCUCGCGUGGUUGGGAGCCAAUUGGAACCCGAUUCGUUUUUUUUAUGUUAAAGGCGUAUGUCGUUGGUCAAGAUGUGUGGCGACGUCUCUAAACCUUCGCGAUGGGGCGAUUAUCGCGUGUCAUCGUGCACAUGCUGGCUUGCCACGCGCUGUUGAGACGAGUAGGCAUCGACCAAUGAGCGGACAGUCAUUGAUCGACUAAUGAGCGGACAGGAUGCUAAUCGGUACACUAUACUUGCCGUGUCACAUUUCCCGGAGCUACUUGACAUUUCUAAAAAAGAAUAUAGAGAUGUAAUGAAAAAAGCGACAUGGGAACUGUCAGUGCCAGAAUAAACAUAUCGGGUAUGUUUACAUUCAUUUUACACAUUACAUUACAUUUAUGUAAGUUUAUCUUCAGUAUUAGCAAGAUUCGGUACUAGCAAGAGUACUCAAUCAACAUCGGCCGCUUUUCCUUCUCCGAACUACUUUGAUACCCCCAACUUCCCUCCAUAUCAGACAGCCAAUCAAAACCGUGGGAGACUCGUACUAUUCACUCUGGAUGUGAACACGUUGCUCACGGGUGUCGCUGGUCACAGCCGCUCGCGUGGGCGAUGAGUUUCGCCAAUCGCAGUCGUUUGUCGCCUCCCGUGUGUGCCGCCCAUGAGCAGAGGGAGCGGUGGGGUUAAACACACGCUCUGGUGCUCUUUAAGCAGAUUCGUUCGUCGGAUUUGACCUAUUUUGACCUAAUUUGUCUAUUGAGAUUAUCUCUUUUUUGUAUUUUAUAACAUUUUUGUAGCUGUUCAUUGAGGUUUAAAUAAAUCAAUUUAAAUAAUAAACAUUUGAUAUCACGUACAUUGGUUUGGUUUGGUUUGGUUUAGUUUAUUUGAACAUGAAGGUUACAAUGGAAUACAUCUCGUGAAUCAUUCUUUGACAGUUCCACAUGUCCAAAAGGAGUAGGAAGAAGCAAAGCUUAUUUAAUCCUACCCCCCAUCUAUUCUACAUCUAGUACAGUACAUGUAGUUCACUUCCUGGAUUCCAUGUCAUGUUUUCAGUGAUAGUCAGGAUAACACAUAAUAGAUAACGGUGAGAUAACCCUCCC